GAACUCCAAGCCAGCAGCAGCAGCUCUCAGUCUCUCACAUGGCCACACAUGCCCACGGCCACGGCCCUCUUAUCCGCAGAGCACUGGCAGUGGAGGGAUUAUUACAAAUCAUCGAGCUCCACCAACCACAGGCGGCACUCACCACCACUUCACCGCUGACCAGCCGGCCACCGGAGUUCCUGCCGCGACCGCGAAUCCGGCGCAAUGGCCGCGGCGGCGAUGGGCCUCCUGCGUGAGCUCCUGCGAACCACGGGCACCCGCCGGCUCUGCGGCACGGCCGUGGGCGUGGCGGCGGGCUUCCUCAGCGCCGCGACCGUCGCGUCGGCGUCCGACGGCGCCGCCUGCCCGGCCUACCCGUGGUCACCACAGGACGGGGCGCGUGGCGGGCACAAGGUGUUCAUGCAGCACGACUGCGCGGCGUGCCACUCCGGCCUGCCGUACGCCGGCCUCGCCGACGAGGCCCUGGUGGCCGGAGGCGAGGUGGAAGCCCAGGCGGCCGAGAUCGUCGUCGUCCACGACCACGAGGAGGCGGCGACGGCGCUGGCGGCGACGCUCCAUGGCGGGGCCUGCCCGCCGGACCUCUCCGUCAUCACCAAAAUGCUGGAAGUGCUGCGCCACGGCGACCUGUACAACAACGCCGACGAGAUCAAGAAGCCGGUGGCGCUGCCUUCUCCUGUCUGGCUGCAGUUUCUUCAGCCGUACAUGAGGAUUCCCCAGGCAGCCUGAAAUGCCAGAUUCUCACUAUUUAGAAGAACCCAGCUCCGCUGCAAUGUCAGUGUGCGAUGUUCAUGUGUGAAAAUAACAUUUGGAUCUGUGUAGGAUGAUCCUCUAUUUGUGUAUUGAAAUGAAACCUAUCCUACCACACCACUAUGUUAUGUACUCUGGUCUUUGCUA